AUUGUUGACGGCGUCGCCAAAACCAACCACACUUUUUCAAAUGAAUUAUUAUUUUUUUUACUUUUGUAACGUUUAAUAUUAAAAAUCGCUUUCCUGGUGCAACACAGUCGACAAGUACGAACGAGGUACACUGUGACUGGCUGCUGCUUUUCCUUCAGGUUCAUAUAAACAUUAAGAGGGCUGGAUUGUUGACAUUAACUGGACCCGCUUGACGUAAGUAAAAUAAAACCCCCCUUUAAUUUAUGUAUUUUUUAAAAUGAAAAAAAUUGUAACAAACUCCACUUGCUGAAUAAGAAUGGCUGCGAGACGGUUUUAUGACCUGACAGCGAAGUUACUGAGUGGAGAAAUCUUGAAUUUCUCCUCACUGAAAGGGAAGGUGGUCCUCGUUGAGAAUGUGGCGUCACUUUGAGGAACGACAACAAGGGAUUACACCCAGAUGAACGACCUUCACUGCCGCUAUUCCGCUCAAGGCCUCGCAGUUCUGGGUGUACCCUGCAAUCAGUUUGGACAUCAGGAAAACUGCAAAAAUUAAGAGAUCCUGAGGUCACUUAAGCAUGUCCGUCCAGGGAAUGGCUUUGAACCGAAGUUCCAGCGUCUGGAGAAAGUGGAAGUGAAUGGAAAGAAUACCCACCCCUUGUUUGUCUUUUUGAAAGAAAAGCUUCCGUUCCCUUCUGAUGAUAUCAUGGCUCUCAUGACAGAUCCAAAGUUGAUCAUUUGGAGUCCUGUCGGUCGCAGUGAUGUGUCCUGGAACUUUGAGAAGUUUCUGGUUGGUCCAGGUGGGCAACCUUAUAAGCGCUACAGCAGGAAGUUUCCCACCAUUGACAUAUAAACAGAUAUUAAAGAGCUGCUUAAGCAUGUUAAGUAAAGUGCACUCCAAUUGGCUUGCUGUGAGUUAUCAAGUUUUACCAGUUUAGUAAUAAGUUUCAUAGUAAGUAGUCACACUUUUAUAUUUGUUUCUUUUAUGUGCUCCAUCGGCAGUUUAAUCCACAACCUCCUUAAAAAUAUAAUGACAUUAGCAAUACAUCAUGGCUACAGUAGUCAUUUUACCCAAUGAUGAUGCACCUUGAAACCGUUUUUGAAUGGGGAGUUUCUGAUGAAUAUGUAAAAGACUGAUUUAGCCACGGCAUAGGCUGAUAUAAUAAAAUUUACAAUGCAUACAAGUACAUACAGUCAUGGAAACAUUUAUUCGACCACCGUUGUUUCUUCAGUUUCUUGUUUGUUUAAUGCCUGGUACAACUAAAGAUACACUUGUUUGGACAAAUAUAAUGAUGACAACAAAAAUAACUCGAGAUUUUUAUUUAAGAGCAGAUAUCUCACCAUUUUCAAUGGUUUUCUUGAUAACCAAAAUCACUAGGAAUACAAUGACUUGUGAACGUAAGCAUGUCAAACAGGACAUAAAGGCUUAUGGAAUAAGCUGCAUUUUUAUCAUGUUCAUUGUAUUCUUCAGGUACUGUAAUACACUGUUUGUGGUACCAGGUAUUUAAAUGAACAAAAGAUUGAAAGAAAAAAAAAAAGUGGUCUAAUAUUUUUUUUAAAUGGGUACACCUGCACAAGAUGCAAAACAACCUACGGUAUAUAAAAGUAUACCGUUACAAAGAUAUAAUGCCCAGUUCUUAGGGACACCAUCACAAAUGUAUUUUGAGUUGCAUCCAUCCAUUUUUUUAUUGCGCUUAUCCUCACUGAGUCA